AUGGCUGUUUCCAAGGUCCGGGACCAGACACUUACACGCUGCUUCUUAGAUGUGAAUCGCCGUUACGACGUUGUCAACCGUGGGUUUUCCGGGUGGAAUUCGGCGAAUGCGCUGAAAUACCUCCCCGAGAUGUUUCCCCCUCCUUCACCUUCAGGGCCACAGCUGAAGUACCUCUUGGUACUUCUGGGCGCAAACGAUGCAGUUCAGCCCAUGCAUACGACAACCCAAAAUGUGCCCCUAGAAGAAUACAAGCAGAACCUCACCAAGAUUGUCACGCACCCCAACAUCACAGCCCACAACCCCAAGAUCCUCCUGGUCACGCCGCCGCCCAUCGACGAGAUUCGUAUCACCAAGCUGGACCUGGCCUGGGGCCACCCAAAGCCGACCCGAACCGCCAAGAUCAGCGCAGGCUACACCCAAGCGGCCCGCGAGGUCGCCGCCGAGGUCCCCGGCGUGGUCUCGAUCGACCUGUGGCAGGCCCUCAUGGAUCACGCCGUCGCCAAGACGCCUGGCUUCAAGGCCGGAGGGCCCUUGCUCGGCACCCCGGAGCUUGGCGAGCAGGGCGGGCUCGCGGACCUCCUGCCGGACGGCCUCCACUUGAGCGGCGAGGCGUAUAGGGUAUUUUACCAGACGGUGUUGCCUCACAUUGGGCAAGAGUACGUCGGUCUGCCUGACGACGAUCGUACGGACUAUGUAUUUCCAGAUUGGCGGGAUCUCAACCCUCCGGCGUAA